CAAGCUGUUUAUACUUAUGGCUUUCACUGUAAUUUAAAACAUCAGUUUCGGUGGUAUAGUUUCCUCUCUGUGAGGCUGAGAACGCAUUCUCGGGGGAGCAGUCAGCUUUGAAUGACCCAUCUGGGACCAGUGUGAUUACUGUCAGAGAGGAAGACUUGGGUGAAAUGAAGCUGGAGCCAGAUCUUCAGAGUUAUUCUAGGUGACAGAUGCCUACACAUAAUUAAUGCAGGUGUCUGUCAAACUCAUAAAUUACAUAUGAAAAACCACCUCAUUUUUUUUACUCAAAUAAUAAGCAACAGCUUUCUCCUUUGAGAAGGUUGCCCUUCUCUCCUGCAGAACUGGCUUAGUCUGAAAUGCUAUGCUUAGUUUGAUCGUCAAAAUGUUUUGUUAAAAAUACUCCUAUUUGGGGGACAAUUUUAAGACUUUGGAGCUGAAAUACUUCUCUGGUUUUUAGGUUGUCUAGCUCAACAGGGCUUGGCCUAUACUGAUGGACGGUAUGAAGAAGUGUGUGGUGAGCUAUUCUACACAGCACGGAGACCUCACCUGGAGGAUUAUUUAUGUUGCUGGUGUAGCUGAACCCCAGAACAGCAGAGGAGCAGUACUCAAUCAAUCUCUACCUUCUGGCUUUAUAGAAUCAUAGGUGGGAAAAGAGCCCUCUUAAGAUCACUGAGUCCAACCAUUAACCCAGCAGUACCAAGUCCACCACUAAAUUACAUCCUUAAGUGCCACAUCUAUAUGUCCUUUAGACACUACCAGGGAUGGGUACCCAACCACUCCCCUGGGCAGCCUGUCCCAGUGUCUGGCAACCCUUUUGGUAAAGGAAGUUUUUCCUAAUACUUAAUCUAAACCUCCCCUGGCACAACUUGAGGCCAUUUCCUCUUGUGCUAUUGCUUCUUUACUGGGAGAAGAGACUGACCCUUGCUUUGCUACAACCUCCUUUCAAAUAGUUGUAGAGAGCCUCCUUUUCUUUGGGCUAAACCUCAGCUGCUACUCACAGGACUUGUUUUCUCUUUAUCUUCUCUUUCUGUCAUGUCUUGUUUGCCUUUUUUUUCUCUGUGGUGACAGAUUCAUAGAAAUUAUUUCCAGCUUGUGUUUUGUGGGGUCUAAAACCAGCUAGGCCAAAAGGACACCCAGACAGAAGACCAGGGAGUUAUACCAGAGGCAACCCGAAUCCGAGAGACUCUGCUUGUAAACAUCCUCUCCUCACCAGGGUAACUAACUCCCAGGGGACUCAUACAAGGGAUUUCUCCUUCUCUCACUCUGCCUCCCUCUUCAGCAUUUUGCAUGAGCACUGUGCAGUUUCGAGGUGCACUGCUGUCUCGUAUGUAAGGGGAUCAGAGCUUCCCUCAAAUGGGAUGGAAACACAGAGGGAGAUGCCCAAGAAAAUCAACACGGAACAUCUAAUUGCUGACAGGCGGGAAGGAAUUGGUGUCUGUGGCUGGAUCCUGGUUUCCCUUUCAUUCCUCCUGGUGCUUAUUACUUUUCCUAUUUCCAUCUGGGCAUGUAUGAAGGUUAUCAGAAAAUAUGAACGAGCUGUUGUGUUUCAUCUGGGACGUAUACUGUCUAAGAAAGCAAAGGGAGCAGGUAUGAUCCUCAUACUUCCAUGUACGGAUACAUUUAUGAAGGUUGAUCUUAUAACAGUUGCCUGUAAGAUUCCUCCACAAGAGAUUCUCACGAAAGAUGCUGUUACUGCUUAAGUUGAUGUGGUGUACUACAGGAUCUACAGUGCUGUCAACGCUGUUGCUAACAUCAGUGAUGUCCACUCAGCGACCUUCCUUUUGGCACAGACAACUCUGAGAAACAUUCUGGGUUCACAGAGCUUGGCUCAGCUGCUGGCAGGGAUUGCACGAAUUAUCCAGGCUAUCCUCAACAGUGCCAUGGAGCAGUGGGGAGUCAAAGUGGCCCGUGUGGAGAUCAAAGAUGUCAGGAUUCCUGUGGCCAUGCAGAGGGCAAUGGCAGCUGAAGCAGAGGCUGCUCACGAGACAAGAGCUAAGGUUGUGGCAGCAGAACAAGAAACGAAUGCUUCUAGAGCUCUCAAGCAGGCCUCCAUGGUGCUGUCUGAGUGUCCAGCAGGUCUUCAGCUGUGUUACCUGCAAAUGUUAACAACCUUGGCAGCAGAGAAUAAUUCCACCAUUGUCUUCCCUCUCCCUCUGAAUAUGCUUGGGAGUUUGGGGCAGAAAAGUAGAGGGGGAUAG